AUGGCUGAAAAUAUUGCAGCGAAGCAACUCGAAACCGUUCUCGGCCAUGGGAACAAGGACCGAGCCACUUACACGGAUAUCUCGAAUCCGGACCGAGAGGGUGGCCGGUAUGCCGACGAGAGCGGCGAGAAGAUGAAGGCGUUGGCAUGGAUGGGCAAGAAUGAUGUCCGAGUUAUUGAGGCUGGCAAACCCAGAAUUGUUGAGGACCAUGACGCCAUUAUCAGAGUAACAGGCACGACCGUGUGUGGCAGCGACGUCCAUCUCAUGCACGGCGUCAUUCUGCAGAUUGAGAAGGGUGACAUUCUCGGCCAUGAAUUCGUCGGCGUCGUGGAAGCGGUCGGAUCGGCCGUCACGACACUCAAACCAGGAGAGCGUGUCGUCAACAGCUUCGUCGUUUCCUGCGGCCAGUGUCGGUACUGCAAGCAGAAGCUCACAACGGCCUGCGAGAAAACCAAUGCGUCGACUUUGCACGAGAAGCUCUAUGGCUCGCGCAUGGGCGGCAUCUUUGGCUACUCCCACUUCACUGGCGGCUACGCUGGUGGCCAGGCCGAGUAUGUAAGGGUGCCCUUAGCCGACAAUAACCUGAUGAGGCUGCCGCACUCGAUCCCGGAUGAGAAAGCCAUAUUCCUCGCCGACGUGCUCCCGACCUCGUACCACUCCGUCGACUACACGGGGAUCCGCGAGGGCGACACUGUCGCUAUCUGGGGCCUCGGUCCCAUUGGGCUCAUGGCCUGCUACUGGGCCUUCCUCAAGGGGGCCAAGCGCGUCAUCGGUAUCGACAACAAUGAGCGCAUCGAGUUCGCCAAGUCGAAGCUCGACAAACUCGAGACCAUCAACUUCUCUACCCUUGCAAAGGGUGAAACUUUACCCGCCAAGAUCCAUGAAAUGGUGCCAGGUGGUGUCGACGUCAGCAUUGAAGCCUCUGGCGGUGAGUAUGCCAAGGGGUUUGCCCAUAAGCUCGAGUUGUGGGUUGGGGCCGAGCAGGACACGAGCGAGAUGAUCAACGAGUGCCUGGAAUCGACACGGAAAUUUGGAACGGUCGGCAUCAUCGGCGACUACGCCGGGUUCACAAAUCACUUCAACGUGGGCGCACUCAUGGAGCGUGGAAUUAAACUCAUUGGGUGCGGCCAGGCGCCAACUUCGCUAGACUGGGGAGAUCUCCUACAAAUGGUAGAACAUGGGACCGUCGACCCAACCAUGAUCCUCACCCACCGCUUCAAACUCGAGGACAUUGCCAAGGCUUACCGUCUCCAAGAGAAGAGGGAGCAAGGGCUCGUCAAGUGCUUCGUGGAGACGAGGUUCUCCUCGCGGCGAGCUGAGGGGACGCCUGAGUUGACAUCGUUGUAGCAUGCGUAUACGUACUGGGCAGGGUCCUGAGGAAACCCUCGGGACGCAGACGAGAUGGUAGGGGUUCAAGCAACGAGUAUCAGUGUAAUGAAUGUCAUGAAUGUUGAAUGACAACCACAAACCCUCUCGGACCAGAGUGCAGAAGGCUCUUAAGGCACUAGAAUCAGCCGGGGCAAUGUGGAAGACAAAAUUUUCUGUCUUCUUGCAUUCCCUUCUGGGUGUACGAAGCACAGGUUCAAGGACGCUUCUCAUGCAUGAGGUGAGCAUCAUAAUUCACAAUCAACCCUUGAACCUGAUAACCUGAACCUGCGGCCG